UAUAUCAUCUGUGGCGUUGGCAACACCGCUUGGGUAUUCCCAGAUUAUGGGAAUGUCUGUAUCACAACUCAGUUGAAAAGCAAUACGUAUUGUGUGAAGAUGACUGACUUUCUAGAAUACGAAGUCAAAUUGUGUAUCGAAAGUUCGCUACAAAACGAGAAUUUCACCGAAUUCAAAAUCGACUUUGUGGGAACUACAGGAAAAACGGAGGGAUAUCUUGCAGACAUCGUGUAUGCUAAAGUUACUGGAAGCGACCGAUAUAACAAAUCAAAACAAGUUGAUUUAUUCAUCAAAUUGGGUAAACGGAACAAGGAGUUGAGAAAGAACAUGCCAAUAAUGAAAAACAUCAACGAGCGAGAGAUAUAUUUCUACAGCGAAGUGUUGCCAGCGUUCGAAAAAUUUCUGGAGCCCAGGGAAACAUCGAUAGAAUUUGACAUUUUUCCCAAGUGCUACACAACUUUUCUAUCGAAUGAAAUGGAAAUGCUGAUACUAGAAGACCUAAGAAGAAAGGGCUAUACCCUGCCAGCUGGCAUAGAUGCGAUGAAUUUGAAGCACCUUCAUUUAGUUUUGAAAACCUAUGCAAAAAUUCAUGCACUCUCGUUUGCUUUGCGAGACCAGAACAGAAGUGCGUUUGAAAAACUUGCUGAUGAGUACCUUCCGAUAAACCAGGAAUUCAAUAUGUGUAUGAGGUCUUUCCGAAACUGCGGUACUAGAUGUAAGAAGACUUUGGCAGAUGUUGGAAGAGUGGAUCUUUGUGAAAAGUUUGACGCAAUUUUCAAAAAUUAUGCAGAAUUCGAAGUCGAGGAAAUAUUGAAAGACGUUCCAAAGGAGGCUGUGAUAAUUCAUUGUGAUAGUCAUAUCAACAACUUCUUGUUCCUGUAUGAGAAUGGAAACGCAGAGAAUCCCACCGAAGUAGCCAUAAUCGAUUGGCAGCUAUCCGAAUUACAUUCGCCUAUAUUGGACGUUUCUUUUUUCCUCUUGAGUGGUAUUCCUCUGGAAAAUCUUCCCCAACUCAACGAGCUGCUGAGGUAUUACCACUCACAACUGGAAACCUGUCUGCGAGAUCUUGGCUCCAAUAUCAAUAAGAUAUUUCCAUUUCAUAGAUUAUUAGACCACUGGAAAAGAUACUCCAACUACGGGUUCUUUUGGGCAAUCACUUACACAAAGUUUUUCUUCUGUGACGUAGAGGAUGCGCCUUCAUUUGAGGAUGUAAAGAAAGGAUACGACCUCUCUGAUUUAAUAAGUGACAUGAAGGUCAACAAUCUGGAAGCUUAUAGCGAGAGAAUUGUUGAGAUCACCGAUCAUCAUUUUAAAUAUCUUCAGUUUCUAGAUUUGAAUAGAGCUUAACAUCAAUCGAUUUUUUUUUUCGAAAAUGCAUGUCCAAAAGAAAUCAAAUAUAUAAAUUAUGAUCUUCACUAGGAAGUUGGUGAUAUUAGUAUUUUGUACAAUUAGUGAUUCCAAUCGAGAUUUCGACAAUAACGAGUAUUAAAUAUCAAGAAGCUCUUAUAGGCACAUAGUUAUGAUUCAAUAGAACACUAAGAAUUUGUAUGAACUUAAUCAUUUUUCGAAAACCAUUAAACCAAAUGAAUCUCA